UAUAAGUAUGGUAGUGUUGGAUUUGGACAUAUACGUAUGAUGUCAGAUAUGUCCAAUAAUUCUGGUUACCCGAACGACAUUAGUGUUGUUGAAGUAUUUACUACGCCACAAAAAACUACCAAUAUUUUUGAGAAAAGAAUUUUUGAUAUCAUUUGA